AUGCACUGCAAACGCGCCGUGGUGAUCACAGAUACGCUGACGCCGCACGAUGUGGCCCUUCUGGUACUGGUGACGCUUUUCUGUGCAAAUACCGAGCACAUCGGCCACCAGACUUUGUUGAAGCUGAUACCAUCGCCUAACGGGCCUGUACGCGCGCUAGCGCCGUUUAAUCGUCUGGAAAGUGUAAUAGAGGCAGCAGAAGUGGUACCACCGCUUCUCGGGGACUUGGUUCAGCUGCUUGAGGACCACGGAUGCGCACCGGCCGCGUUGAGAAUGGUGACCACGCUGGAGCGUGUAGCGACCGUGGGCGCCGUCGAUAAGCUGAUUUCGACCCUCCACACUCAUUGUAUCCGAGAUAACUACCGAGCCGUAGCUGCGGCUCGUGCUGGCCGCGUACUGGACCGCCAGCUCACUCGAUCCAGUCUUUUGGGCCGCUACGUGUGCCAGUGCGUCUCGAAACAUAAAUUGCAGGACUUUGAGGACUCUGAAAAGCUGUGGAGAAAUCUACAGCGUUACCUGCAACAGUUUAAGCGCGAGUGCGCGGAAUGGAAGGGCUUCCACUGCCAAAGGCCGCCGCUGGACCCGUUGAUGCGCUUUAUACUCGAGUCCGACGCCGAUCUGCAAGGAUUACAAGAACUACGAAACGCAGGGCUAAGCGAUCGGUACUCUGACUUGACUAGUGACGAUCGCGAUGUGCGGAUGAUGAUCUCCCACGAUCAUCUGCAGGCUUUACUCGCGCACGAAACACACUUGAUGCUAUACAACAACUCUCCAUUGCAAAAGCGCACUCGCAUGCUCAUCGACUGCAUGUCGCUAGAGGACACAGCGCGAUUCCCAGUUGUUUAUGUGCUCAAGGGCCUGGAAGAUUUACGUCAAAACCGUUACGACACUUUUUUGAGCUUGCUAUACAGGUAUUUCGACUACAUGCUCGGACAAAAUACGGAACCCAACUUCUAUCUAUCGCUGCUGUCACUGGCAUCGUUCCACGCGCACUUCCACAACAGCGAUGCAGCGGUGAAGACCUUUGAAGAAGCCAUCGCUGUGGCCCGCGAAAACAAGGACACUCACACGCUGAACUUGAUUCUAAUGUGGGUUUUCGAAUUUAUGUGCAAGUAUCCGAAUUUGGCUCCCAAAUUCCAUGUUUCCACGGCCCAAAUUCUACAGUAUUUGAAGACUUGUCCUCAAGAUCAUAGCUCGUACGUUUUUGAAAUGGGCUAUCGUUACGACACCUUGUGGACGAUGCAAAAUACAGGCGACGUCGUGCAGAUUUUGGAAUCCACCUUCAAGUCCAGUUUAUUGGCGUUGCAAAGGGUAAACGGAACACGUAUGAUGGCGGCGCACAACUCAAAGAUCUGGGAGUAUCUGGGGUCCAAAGCUUUGCAGGAAGUUUAUGAAGACGUCGGUGUUCGUGAAAUGGUUCAGCAAAACUUGCCAAUACCUGAACUGCUCACGCAACUCAAAGCUCCAGAUUUGACCUACUUCGAGAAACGGAUGUUCGAAAAACAGAUCAUCGACCAAUGGAUAUCUCUGGCCGAAUAUGAUCAGGCCAUGCAGUUCGUCAACUGCAGAAUACACGAGUGCCAGUCCGAACUUGCUGAUGUUGAAAACGAGCAUCGAUUUCAGUUGGCCAAAUGUCAAAUCCUGGUUCAGUGCCAUUUGCACGUAAGAACUUUGCCAAUCUUGUCUAAGGUGAUCGAACACGCCUCGACAACAAAAAAUAAUUCCCUUCUGGGGCCCAGCGUACUGCUUUUAUCCGAGGUUCUUCUCGCGUUGGACAAAAGACAAAAAUGCUUUGAACUCCUCAGCAGUGUCAUGCACAAAAUCCUAGCAUAUGCAGACGCCAAUCUGCAGCUGGCCACUGCCAAACUCUAUCUCGCAUCUAAGCAGGCUCUAUAA